AUGUAUGAUUUAAUUUCAUUGGGGAUUCUUCUGCUACUUUUUGGUAACACACAGUCGCAGGAGGAAUGUGUCACAGCGUGCAUCCAGACGCAGACCACUGAAAAGUCCCAAGCCGCAUGCAAGGAAGGAUGUCGUCUGCAAAUAAUUUUUGCAUUUGCUUCCAACAGCGACAUCAUAUCGGCGAGGGAAGAUUGUUAUAAUGGUUGUGCCAAGUCAUACAAUGAUGAUGUUGAAAAGCAGUCGUGCUCAUUUGGCUGUGAUAAACAACCAGAUAUGAAAAAGUCUGGAAUUCGUAUAUCAAUAACAAAUAAGAGUCCUACAUUUCAAGUGGCUCGGGGAGCUAUGGAGAAGAUGAUGCAUCGCAUAAGCAAUUCAUUCCCAUCAUUGGGGGGAUUUGGUUCGACAUCUUCAGAGGAACAUGGUGAGCGAUUUUGGGAAGAUCAUUUUGCUCAAUUCCAUCUUCAAAUGCAAAAUGAAAUGGCACGACUCCACCAAAUUGCUCAGAAUGUUCUCAAUUUGCAACGUGCGGAAACUGUUAUGCCAGUUAUUGCUAAGAACAGACCAGAGGGACAUGAGGAGAAUGCAGUGGAAGGAUUUUACGUUGGAAACAAUGACAAGAAUGGUGAAAAAAUUAUGGAAGUGAAUCCAGUAGAAUUGAAGAGUAAAGAGCAACGGCUUCUGGAAUAUGAAGACGGAAAUCCAACUGUUAUUGACAACCCGGAGUCUUCACUUCUCUCUCGGCUAACGUCACGAGCUCGUCGUCUUUCAGUGCUUAGUCAAUGGCUUGUUUGCGUUGCGCUUUUCCUUUGUUUUAUUUCAAUGCUUUCUAUUUCGGUAGCAGUUUUGAAACAGAUCAAGUCACAAAAAUAUCUUAAUCUAAGGAACAUGCAUUCGGUUGUCCCACCAACAUUCGCUGAUCCCCUUGCGGCAAAGAAAAUACCACUCGAGACGACAGCUGUAGUAACCGAUUAUCCACUGAUCCACGAUUCUCCUCCUCCGGCUUAUGAUCAACUUUCAGUUCAUAAGGAGAAACCUGAAAACAUUGACAAUUCUGACCGGAAAGUUUAA